AUGUAUCCUGGCGGUUACGAACUUAUCUUCGAGAAUUUCCGUCAAACAUCAGACGGAUUUUUUACACCAAAAUCAAAGGAUGCAAAAGAUAAAACAUUUAUUGAAGAUUUUGAUAAUACGAUAGAGCUAUUUGAGGCAAUAGAGAUAGACCCUUCAAGAAAUAUAUCGUAUUCCUCAGAGAAUCUGGAACAUAAAACAUCAUUAUCAAUCUUUAAUGAGAAGACAGAUGUAUACUUCUUUUUCAAAUUGUUAUUAUGUACUAUGAAAAUCUUUUUUUACUCUGUUGUAGUCAUCAUGUUAAUGUCAAUCUUUAUUAAAAGAUUUUCGGCAGUUGGAAUAAUGAACAGGUUAAUACACAAUGACCCCGAAUGUUUGGUGUUGACAGUCAUGUUAACAUCUUUGAUCGAUAAACAGAUUUCCUGGGAUUUGGAUGAAAGUGGAUCGUGGGAUAAAGUAAUCCAACAGGAAAAGGUUAAUAUACAAAACCCCUCAAAUGUGGAGCCAAUAGAAGAAGUAUCGGAAAGUACUACAUCAUUUCCUCAUCCUUUAUACCAUGUCGAGACGGCUCGCGCCAGUAAGGAGGAUAUCGAGCAGAUCACCGAAAUCGUUAAUCACCUACUGCAGAAUGACGACUAUAUAGUGUUCGGAAAUUGGUCAUGCCAAUGGCCAAAUAAGUGCAGAAAUGAAAAAGGAUGGAGAAUCUUAUAUCUUCGGGAAUCACUUGAAACAUAUCUUAAGUUACCUCCAAUACUUCAGCAUAAAUUUUUCAUCAAGCCAUGCAAGGAAUGCAAAAAUGAGAGCCUGAUCUCUAGCUUUUUUUUGUACGACCAACUACCAAGGAAUUUGGACAAUGAGCCCACCAUCGAGAUAAUCUGUCCUCAUCCCUAUUAUCAUGUCGAGACGGUCGGAGGAUGUCAAUCAGGUCUAAACAUUACAUCAUUUUUCACCCUUUUGUGGUAUGCCAAAAUUUCCGCUAACAUUUAUUCUUGUAGAUUACCGAAAUCGUUAAUCGCCUACUACAGUAUGAUGACUAUACAGUGUACGGCAAUUGGUCAUGCCAAUGGCCAAGAGCAUGAUCUUGAGCUUCUUUUUGUUCGACCAACCACUAAAGCAUUCAAACGUAGAAUAAUAGUCGUUGCUCCUCGAUCUGGAAGACCAACUAUUUUAAUAAAGCGUAAAGAACGAGCUCUUAUACGUGAAAGUGGAAAAGUUUUUCUUAAGAAAUUACUAUAA